UAAAACGACACCCCACUACUCACUCUUAGUAAUCUAUCUUCGUUUCUGCGACUGCGAGUAUAGCGACUCAGGGAGACGACUUCGGAACAUUUUGAAGCGUGUAGUCUAAACCCUACUGCCGUGUUACCCAGUGUCUCUACUCCAUCAAUGGCUUCCAUCCUAAGAAACCCAAAACUUCUCUAUUCCAGAGCCCUCUUCUCAGCCUCCAUCUCCACCCAAACGACCCCAUUUCCAUCCUUUCGCGCAGCAAAAUCCGCCAUUCUAUCAGAAUCCGACCCGGAAAAGCUCGCGGCAAUGUUUGACCAGAACUCUCUCUUCCCCACCUUCCGCCGCCACCGCCCCCUUUACGAAGUCUCCGUUCACAAACUCGCCCGCUCUGGUCGCGCCGACCUCGUUGACCGGAUCAUCGAAAACCACGUCAGCUCUCCCUCGAAUGCCGCCUCUCUCAAAUCCGAAGGCUUCUGGAUUCGCCUCAUGAUGCUGUACUCAAGCGCAGGAAUGGUCGAUCAAGCAAUGCGAACCCUCGAUCGCAUGUUACAGACUAAGUGCUCUAAUAUUACCGAGAAGUCUCUCUGCGCAUGUUUAUCUGUUCAGUUGAACAAUGGGUUGUUCGAGAAGACACACGAGCUGUUCGAUAAAAUGCCGCAGAGACUCGGCGUUGAACCGGGCGUGGUAUCUCAUAAUUUGAUAUUGAAGACAUUCGUCAACCAAAACAGGGUUGAUUUGGCGCGCGAUUGGGUUCAGAAAAUGGAGAAGGACGGCAAGGUUACGCCCAACAUUGAUUCUUACAAUAUACUGCUCGGUGCUUACUGGGUUAACAAGGAUUCAAAUGGCUUUGAUGGGGUUUUAAAGGAGAUGAUGAGCAAAGGUCUCGACCCUAACGUGACAACUUACGUUUACAGGAUAGCGAAAAUGUGUAAGGAUAAGGAAUGUGUUCGAGCCAAGAAGCUGUUAGAUGAAAUGAUAUCGAAAGGAGUAAAUCCAAAUUCUGCAACUUACAACACCAUUGUUCGUGGGUUCUGUAAGGUGGGUGAUUUUGACUCGGCCAAGAAAGUUCUAGAGGGCAUGUUGGCUGAUGGGUAUGCAGUGCCGUCUUCAUCAGCUUAUUAUGCGUUGAUGCGUGGGGCGGUUAAAGAAGGAGAGUUUGAUUUGGCGCUGGAGAUGUGCAAGGAGAUAAUGAGGAGGAAAUGGGUUCCACCAUUUGAGGCUAUGGAAGGUCUGGUUAAUGGGUUGUUGAAAAUGUCGAGGAUGGAGGAGGCGAAAGAGGUGAUUGAGAAGAUGAAGAGGAAACUUACGGGGAAUGCAGUAGAGUCUUGGGCUAAAAUUGAAGCAGCUCUCCCUUUAUAACGUCUGUUAGAUUACCUCAGAUUUAUCUCUGAACUUCUUGGAUUUGAAAAGCUGAAAUUGACUGGUAAAAAGACAUUUUAGUUUUGUCAUGAAA